AUGGCCGUGCACGACCUGUGGGACACCGAGACGCUCAGCAAGGAGGAGGAGGAAAUGCUGGCGGAUUCCUACACCAACUUCCUCGAGCACAGCCUGACGGAGGUCAGACGCCACAGAGACGUCUUCCCGACGCCUUCCAAGACGCACGCCAUCCGCCUCGACGCGCUUCUGAGGUGCCUGGCCCUGCUCGCCGAGAGCCGCUCGUACUGGAAGGUGUGUCCGUUCCACAAGGAGGGGUGCGGCGAGUCGUGGCGGCCGUCAAGAAGGGAGCCAUCGAAUGGUACGCCCAAGCGACGCUGA